AUGGAGACCACUGCCGCUGAAACUACUGUUGCCGAAACCACUGUUGAAGACACGACAGUUGGAGUAUCAGUCGUGGGAACAACAAUUUUUGACAUCACUGUUGCCGAAACAGUCGUAGAAGAAAUAACUGUGACUGUGACAGAAGCUCCGGAGACUACUGUAGCCGAAACAACAGCUGCAGAAACUACUGUUGCAGAAACAACAGUUGAAGAAACUACCGUGGCUGAAACAACAGUAGAAGAAACUACUGUGGCUGAAACAACAAUUGAGGAGACCACUGUAGCCGAGACAACUAUUGCGGAAACAACUGUAGAAGAAACUACUGCUUCGGAAACAACUGAAUCUUCCUCUACCGGUGAAUCAACCACUGGUACAUAUGUAGACGAACCUGUGUUACCGAAUGGAAACUACGUGGAUGAGCCAUACGUUCCUAAAGGUAAAAGUAAAGUUCGAACUUAUGGCGGAGGAGAGGAAAAAAUUGACAAAAUCUCACAAGGUGGUUAUGCGGGCAAUAUCAAAGUUGUGCCUUCUGGAUACAGAAGAGAAGAGCAAACACCUGAACCUGCAAGUCAAGGGUAUGGGAGUGACGACGGCCCUAACGUAGAACCAGCUGGAUACAGGAAGAAGAGAGCUAAUGAAUACGGAGAUGAGAAUGUCACUCCCCCACCCUAUGGAGGCCCUCCAGUUCCAGGUGGUGAUUCAUACGCAGAGCAAACACCUGAACCUGCAAGUCAAGGGUAUGGGAGUGACGACGGCCCUAACGUAGAACCAGCUGGAUACAGGAAGAAGAGAGCCAAUGAAUACGGAGAUGAGAAUGUCACUCCCCCACCCUAUGGAGGCCCUCCAGUUCCAGGUGGUGAUUCAUACGCAGAGGAAACACCAGCACCUAUUGACCAAGGUUACGGUGCUAGCGAAUCACCUCCUGUUGUUCCUGGCGGAUACAGGAAGAAGAGAGCCAACGAAUACGGCGAUGAGAAUGUCACUCCUCCACCCUAUGGAGGCCCUCCAGUUCCAGGUGGUGAUUCAUACGCAGAGGAAACACCAGCACCUGUCGAUCAAGGAUAUGCUAGCGAAUCACCUCCUGUUGCACCUGGCGGAUAUAGAAAGAAGAGGGCUAAUCAAUAUGGAGAUGAACUCAUUACUCCACCACCUUAUUCAGGACCUGGUGGCUCAGAAGGAUCCAAUUCUCUCCCUGGUGAUGAUUCGUAUGGCGCCACAAGAAGAGGUAAUGAAUAUGGAGACGAGAGUAUUACGCCAGCACCAAUCCCAGGUGGCGAUGACUCCUAUGGAGCUCCUCCUACUCCAGGAUACGGAGACAUUGGGGAGGAAACACCAGUGCCUGUCGAUCAAGGAUAUUUUGGCAGCGAAGCACCACCCGUUGAACCUGCUGGAUACUAA